UCACAUUCCCAAGCAUGCUGUUCACUUUCAGGAAUUUGAAAGCGAGCACCAUGGCAUGCUUGACAAACAAGCUGCAACACAAGAAAGGAAUGAACUCACCGAGGUGGAUCCAUGGAUAGUUGCCGUUGAGAGGAGCAAGACAAGGAUGACCACUGAGGAAUGGAGCAAAGAAGGAUGGACGACCGCAAUGACAGCCAGUGCUCGCCGCAAGACCAAGCUGCAGGAAGCCAUGGAGAUCUUCCGCGCAAUGAACGCAAGCAUCGAUAUUAUAUGUCUGACCACAUGGGAGGCGCUGGGCCGACAGGUGGCGGCCGAGCGGGCCAAUGCCACCGCCGCAGUGAAGGAGGAGGACCAGGUCGGACGCUUGCACCGUGAGCUGGAGGCCGCGCGCGCCGGCGCCUCCGAGGCCGACGCCAGGCGGCAUGUCGCAGACCAGAAGAUGGAGGCGGAGCGGGCAGCUGAGCUGAUGUGCCCCGCUUUCAACCGCGCGCGCGACAGCCUGGAGGAGUACGGCCUGCGCCCCAUGGACCCGCCGGACCGGAGCGUCGCCGGGUACGCCGUCGGCUUCGGCCGCGUGGCGGACUGCCUUGACCGCCUCCGCGACGCCAUCGACGACCGGUACGCGGAGGACGCGCGAGUACGUGCUGGCCUGCUGCCUGAGCCGCGACCCUUCCUUCCGCAUGGAGAUGGUGCUGGAGGGCGUCGUGGCGGCCGACGAGGUGGAGGGACACGCGCUGCGGGGUCGCGCGCGGGAGACGGCGUUGAGGUUUGCCCAGGAGAUGGUCCAAGUCGACGCUCCGCCACGAGCUGGCGACGACGGCGCGGACGGCAACGGCGGGAGUGCAUGAUGGACGACGGGCAGGCUGUCGGCUGGCCUCGUGACGCGUAUGUAGCGUAGCAAUCUGGUCAGGUUCAUCUGUGAGAUUUAUUUGCUGAAUUAACCCAGAUCAGCCCAAAGCUGUACGAAAUAGCCAUUUUGGCUACCGUCGUCACUCUCCACGAACCACGAGUCCAACUCUUGAGUCUCU